GCGACUGCCAGCUAAUAAUAAAACUACGCUCUAAUUACAUUCAUACCGCAAGACAUACAGCUAAUUAUACUCUUGCACUUUGCCAAUUCCACAUCUCACCCUCUCUCUCUCUCACACACACACACAGACACAGAUUACAAACACUUUUCUUUUUUUGCAUUUUUCAAAUGGAGAAAGGACAAAUUCAGAGUUAGCUUAGUUGAAUGCUACAUUUUGUGCUGUAAUCCCAUGUGUCUAUAGCAUCCACUUCGAAACAUCUCCAUCACAUAGCAAUUGAUGUCGGCGAUCUACAGUCCAUCUCGGAGCCCAGCCAGCUCCAGGUUGCCUUUGGGAGGCGGAGGAGCUUCCAGAUUGAGAUCUUCUUCGCUUAAGAAGCCACCUGAGCCACUUCGCAGAGCUGUCGCUGAUUGUCUCUCUUCUUCUUCUCCUGCUCACCAUGGGACCCCCUCCGCCACUGCCUCCGAAGCUUCUCGAACGCUUCGGGAAUAUCUGGCAGCAUAUCCAACCACUGACUUGGCUUAUGUUAUUAUUUUGGAUCAUACAAUAGCAGAGCGCGAACGCAGCCCAGCAGUUGUAGCAAAAUGUGUGGCGCUGUUGAAACGGUAUCUCUUAAGAUAUAAACCCAGCGAGGAGACAUUGGUACAGAUCGACCGAUUUUGUGUAAGCAUCAUUUCUGAAUGUGAUGUGGGUCCCAACCGAAAAUUGGCUCCGUGGUCACGUUCUUUAAGUCAACAAAGUGGUGCAUCUACAACAUCAACUACUGUAUCACCUUUGCCUGUUUCAAGUUAUGCAUCAGGAGCACUUGUGAAGUCCUUAAAUUAUGUUCGUUCUCUAGUCGCGCAAUAUAUCCCAAAACGGUCAUUUCAACCAGCGGCUUUUGCUGGAGCACCAUCUGCAUCAAGACAAGCACUUCCCACGCUGUCAUCUUUAUUGAGCAAAUCCUUCAACUCCCAACUUAGCCCUGCAAAUGGUAAAGAAUUAUUGGAGAAUAAAGAUGUGUCUACUGUUUCAACUUCAGAGUCACCUAUUGCUGAAGAAAUCAAUAGAAUGGAAGAUCAUGAAUUCACUGCUUUUGAUGUUUUCAAGUGGCGUUGGUGCAGAGAUCAACAAUCGUCACCAUCUCUAUCCAUAAGUGACCAUCUUUUGAAUCCCAAAGAUGUCAGUGCACAUAAUUUCCUCGAAGUAGGUGCAGCUGCUCUUCUUGUUGGUGACAUGGAAGCUAAAAUGAAGGGUGAGCCUUGGAAAAUCUUUGGCAGUACGGAGAUGCCUUAUCUAGAUCAACUUUUACAGCCUUCACUGCUCACGACUGUGACCAAUUCUGCGUCUGCUCGUGCCCACUUAAGAGCAAUAACAGCUCUAAAACGUUCUAAACCAGGGCCUCAACAACUAUGGGAGGAUUCUCCAGUGAGCACUUUCCGUCCCCGUGCAAAGCCGCUUUUCCAGUAUCGACACUACAGUGAACAACAGCCUCUGCGACUGAAUCCCAUGGAGGUGUACGAGGUUAUUGCUGCAGCAUGCUCUGAGACUUCUGCUCCAAAUACUUAUCUGAUGACUGUUUCAUCUAAACUAAGUAACAACAGUGGAAAGCCAUCAAUGGAUGUGGCUGUCAGCGUACUUGUCAAACUUGUAAUUGACAUGUAUGUUUUGGAUUCUGAGACCGCUGCUCCUCUUGCCCUGUCCAUGCUUGAGGAAAUGAUGACUUCUUCUCGUUUGGAAUCAAAGACUCGGGCCUUUGAUUUGAUUUUGAAUCUUGGAGUUCAUGCUCAUUUAUUGGAGCCUCCAACAACAGAUGAUGCUUCGACAAUUGAAGAGUAUUGUAAAGAAACUUAUUUGGACAAUGAAAUUCAACUUUCUUUGGAGGGAAAUAAAAAAUCAGAUUAUCUUAAGAAAGUUAAAAAUUCCUCAGCCAUUGAUAAGUUUGAGUGUUGGAUCUUAGGCAUCCUCUACGAGAUCCUUCUUCAUCUUGUCCAGAUAGAAGAAAUGGAAGAAUCCAUCUGGGCUUCUGCUCUGAGUUGUUUAUUAUAUUUUGUCUGUGAUAGAGGCAGAAUAAGGAGGAGGAGACUUAAAGGUCUUGACAUAAGGUCGCUGUGCAUAAACCAACACCAUCACCAUCACCAGGUCAAGCUUCCUUUGGCGAGAAAAUCACCGUCAUCCCAGCCGGAAAAGGAGCUCUCACGCGCUUCCAUGCGCCGUACAAAGGAGAAAAGCUGCGGCGAGAUCUAUCUCAUGCGCCGGGUUGUUCAGGUACUUAUAUCUGUUAGCAGGAUAAACUCUUGGGCUGAAAUAGUUCACAGCAAGCUUAUCGGAAUGCUAACAAACAUGUUUUAUGAAAUUCCUGAGUUAUCUAAUAAAGCUCUUUCAGCUACCCCUGUAUUUCUUAUUCAGCAGGUUGAUCUUAUCGGUGGAAUUGAAUUCAUAUUUGUAGAGUUAGUGCUUUCAAACUCAAGGGAAGAAAGAAGGAAUCUGUACCUGGUGCUUUUUGAUUAUGCUUUGCAUCAAAUAAAUGAGUCAUGCAUAGCUAGUGGAACUUCAGACUACAGUGAUGAUGAGGUCCAACCUGUCGCUAUGCUGCUUAUGCUCGCAGAUGCACCUGAAGCUUUGCAUAUAUCCGUAAAGCUUGGAUUGGAAGGCAUCUUGGAGCUUCUGCAACGCCCAAUAUCUAGUACAUUGUCCAAAUAUCCAAAUUCUGACCGACUUGCUAUGUUCUUGGGAAAAAUUGUCGAGAAUUUUGAGAUGCUUAUAAAGUCAUUUACUCAUCUAGAUAAGGAAUUUGCUCAUAUGAAGCAGAUAACUAAAUCAUGCAAAUUGCUGGAAAGUAUUGAUGGAGCUUAUGGAAACAGUUUUGGCAUGAAAGCAAAGCUCUCUUGGGCCACCUUACAUUCUCUUCUUCAUUCUGAAAGAACUCUGUGUCGUCACAAUGGUUAUCUUUGGCUGGGGGAUUUGAUCAUCACAGAAAUUGUCGAGGAAGGGGAUGCUAGUAUAUGGUCAAGCAUCAGAAGCUUGCAGGACAAAAUUUCUCUAGCCAGUGUUAUUGACUAUUCACCAGAUUUAGAUGUCCCAUUAUCUAUAUGGCUCAUGUGUGGGCUACUAAAAUCGAAAAAUAACCUCAUUCGAUGGGGCUUUUUAUAUGUUUUAGAGAGGCUUCUUAUGCGUUGCAAGUUUUUAUUAGAUGAAAGUGAAGUCCAACAUGCAAUUAGUGGUGAAACAGUUGGAGAUCUGCAUAAUAAAAGUCGUCUCGAAAAAGCGAAUGCAGUCAUUGACAUCAUGAAUAGCGCCUUGUGCCUGAUGGCCCAGAUUAAUGAAACGGACCGCAUGAAUAUAUUAAAGAUGUGUGAAAUUCUUUUUUCUCAACUGUGCCUAAAAGUCCUCCCUUCAACUGUGACAUCUAUGGAUGAUCCUACGACCUGUAUCAAAGAUGUCAGCUGGAAUAAGAAGCUUGGUCCAGGAGAAAGCUUCUCUCGGCAGGAGAACUUUGGCUGGGAGGAACACAUUGAAGAUACUAACCACAAACUCAACAAGGAUCCUCCAAAACCAGAAACUGCAUCCAUGGCGGCACUGCUUCUCCAUGGACAGGCCAUUGUUCCUAUGCAAUUGGUCGCACGUGUUCCUGCUGCUUUAUUUUAUUGGCCGCUAAUCCAACUUGCUGGUGCUGCGACUGAUAAUAUCGCAUUAGGUGUUUCUGUUGGAAGCAAAGGAAGAGGAAAUGUUCCUGGUUCGACCUCUGACAUACGAGCCACACUUCUCCUACUUUUAAUUGGUAAAUGCACAGCAGAUCCUGCGGCUUUUAAAGAAGUUGGUGGGGAGGAAUUCUUUAGGGAGUUGUUGGAUGAUACAGACUCAAGAGUGGCAUAUUACUCUUCAAUGUUUCUUCUGAAGAGGAUGAUGACAGAGGAACCAGAAAAUUACCAACGCAUGCUGCAUAACCUUGUUUCUAGAGCUCAGCAGAGCAACAAUGAAAAACUCCUGGAGAAUCCUUACCUUCAAAUGCGGGGCUUACUUCAUCUGUCUAAUGAAUGACCUACCACAUGAUCCUUUGCUCUGCUUUAUGAAAUUGCCAUUUGAAGAAUCUUGGUGUUCACUUCUUGUGAUAAUCAUGGAGCUCAACUGCAGGAAAAGUACGCCAACUUGCAAGCCCAAGGAGGAUAUUAUCAUGAAAUGGUUGUAAUUGUGCAUUUAUAUGGGUGUUUAACCAAAGAAUAAUACUCCACGGAACAUGGAUGCCAAGUUGCUGUACUGGGCUGGCUCAGCUUUAUGCUUCAGGAGCUUCUCUUAUGUCAUCUCAUGAAGUUCCUCUGAAAUUACAACCAUGGAAGUUUGUUUCCAUUAAUUUUAUUGGCAUUCUUUUCAUGGAUGAGAGAUCUCCUGAUGAUAUUUGAAGCUUCUUGUCCAUCAGUGAGUUUGGUAAGCGUCAUAUGUCCAGAACUAGCCAGCACAUGGAAUCCUAAGGAUACACUUCGACCUUAUUGGUGGUGUGUCAGAUUGGUUUACUAAGCCAUCUUCAGGUGCUGGUUCACAAUUUCAACAUCAGAAACUUUGUACAGGAUAAAAUAUCCAAUUGGAUUUCAUUAGGAACGGUGCUUUAUGGAGUUAAAUUCAUCUACCUCUUCCAUGCACCAUGGAGGACAAAUUUCCGUGGAUUAUAAUCUGGAUCCCGCACGUAUGAGAAUCACAAGCUCGGACAGCUUUCAGGUUCCAAUGUUUAAUGAGAUCAAUCAUGGAGGGGAAAAACUUUUAGGUUAGAUUGUUUAGUGAGAUAAAACAUGGUGGAAGGGGGGUAGGGGUAAAUAUUUUUAUCCUUUUCUAUUAUUUAUUAUAGAAAUUGUACAUGUGUGCAAUUUUGUCCUUCCUUUCUGGGUCCUCAGAAGGAAAUAGUAGAUCCUUGGAGGGGAACCAUCUUUUUGAUAGAUGUAAAAGAGAUGCUGACUGAAAUCCAUAUUAACAUGUAAAUUAUUAGAUAAUGCAAGUCCAUUUAUUUGAUUUUUCCAUCAAA